AUGCUUGGGGACAUCUUCGAGUCUGAGUUACUGAUUGGACAAGAUUGCCCAGAUGCCCUGACUCCCCUCGAGUGUCGGACGGGGCCGGAUGGAGCACCUUUUGCAAUAAGGACAAGAUUGGGUUGGACGAUUAAUGGGCCCCUGAUGGGCAAUUUAACUCACAGGUUUACAACGGAAUGUUCCAUGCUGACUGCCUCUACAGAAAAAACUCGUUUGGAAGAGCAGGUGAGGCGCUUCUGGGAAAUCGAAGCAUUACACCAGACCCCGGGAGAUGGCUCCCCAUCAUUGGUCGAGGAUAAACGGGUCAUCAAGCUUUGGUCGUCGACUGGACAGAGAGUACAGGGACACUACCAAUUCCCAAUUCCAUUCCGACGUCAACCGCCCUGCCUACCUGACAACAGAGCGCUCGCCGAGCGUCGCUUACUAGGACUAAAGAAACGCCUAUCGAGGGACACAAGGUUGAGACGACGGUACAAGGAGAUGAAAAAAUUAUUCAAUGAAGGCUUCGCCAAAAGGGUGCCACUAAGGCAAUUAUCGAAAUCCGGUGGAAAUAGCUGGUACCUGCCUCAUCACCCAGUACUAAACCCCAAUAAACCAGACAAGGUACGGAUCGUCUUCGAUUGUGCAGCAGCCUUCACAAAGACUUCACUCAACAACCAAGUGCUCCAAGGACCAGACCUCAACAACAAAUUGAUUGGAGUAUUCAUGCGGUCUAGACAAGAGCCGAUCGCCCUGAUGGCCGACAUCGAAGCAAUGUUCCAUCAAGUGAAGGUAAACCCCGAGCACAGAGACACUUUACGAUUCCUCUGGUGGGAAGGGGGAGAUUUGACACAAACGCCAAUGACAUGUAGGAUGACAGUGCAUCUCUUUGGAGGAGUGUGGAGUCCCUCGUGCGCGGCCUAUGCUCUGCAACGGACCUUCCAAGACUUCGGAGAUGGGUUCUCGGAUGCCGCAAAUAGAGCGAAAUCAAACUUCUAUGUUGACGACCUGCUCCUGUCAGUAACUGAACCAAAAGAAGCAAUUAUGAUAUCUCGGCAGUUGCGACAUCUUCCAUCCCUGGGAGGUUUCAAACUCACAAAAUGGAUCAGCAACAACAAAGAGGUCCUCAACACGAUACCACUUGAAAGUCGACAUACUGGAGUGAAGGAAGUGAACCUGGGAUGUGAAGACCUACCCACGGAGAGAGCUUUGCGAGUCAUGUGGGACCUAAAUGGAGACCAGUUUGCAGCAAAGGUUCAGGCUCCCACCCAACCAGCGACAAAAAGGGGCUUACUUGCAGUGGUAAGCUCGGUGUACGACCCUUUAGGAUUCAUCUGCCCUUUCACCAUCAAAGCCAAGCACAUUUUUCAAGACGAAUGCAGGCGGAAGAAGGACUGGGACGAAGACAUCACCAAGCAAACCCUUCAUAAGUGGUUGCGCUGGCUUGAAGAUUUGAAAUCACUGCGAAACUUCAAAGUUCCUCGCUGCUACAGACCUGGGGGCCUGGGUUGUGCCACCUCAUCGCAACUCCAUGACUUCUGUGACGCCUCACAAGUGGCCUAUGCAGUUGUAACGUACCUACGGACAGUAGAUAAUGAAAGUACUGCCAGAUGUUCUUUCGUUUGUGGCAAGGCUCGUCUGGCCCCUCUCAAACAGCUAACGGUCCCAAGGCUAGAACUCUGUGCAGCAGUCCUGGCGACAAGAGUAGACCAGACAAUCAAGCGUGAAAUUGGAGUCCCACUUGAAGAAUCUGUGUUCUGGACGGACAGUAUGAUUGUGAUCAUGUACAUCAGCAACCUAGAGAAACUUUUCCAUACCUUCGUUGCCAACAGGAUCUCGGCUAUACAUGAAGUCACGGAAAAGGCCCAAUGGAGACAUGUACGAUCACGAUGGAAUCCAGCAGAUGAUGCUACAAGAGGCAUACCUGUUGAAGACAUGUUAAAAGAAUGCAGAUGAAUUGAUGGUCCUUCUUUUUUGUCUCUACCUGAGAAGUACUGGCCGAAAAAACCGGAAAUCAGACACGAACUUGAGAACGAUCCUGAGGUUAAGCUCGAGGCGGUGUCAUUAGCCACAGCAGGAAAUAAUGCUGAUGCCAUCAUGAAGCUGCUAUGAAACAGGUACUCAUCAUGGCAUGCGCUGCAGUGAGGUGUAUCCUGGAUCAGGCGAGUAUCCAGCAUCCUGAGACACGACUUUCAGGGUGCAACAUCAAAGCCGCUGGAAUUGCCUGAACUGCGGAAUUCCAAGUGGGCCAUUAUUCGGUUCCUGCAACAGGAGGCCUAUGGUGAGGAGAUGAGCCUCCUGCAGCACCGAAAACUGCCACGACAAAGUAAACUGUACCGACUAGAGCCAUAUCUAGGCCAAGACUGGCUGCUGAGAGUAGGAGGAAGGUUACAAGAUGCCAAAGAAAGAACUGGACCAAUACUACUGCCCAGAGACCACCCAGUAACCAAACUUAUAGCACGGGAAGCACACGCGGUGGGCGCUGGUCAUUCUGGGAGAACAUGCACUGUCUAUACUCCGGUGUGAGUUCUGGAUAGCCCGUUGCCACCCUCUGCUCGAUAAGAUAAUAAAGGAGUGUGUCACUUGCCGUCGUAACAAAUGGAAGCCCACUAGGCAAAGGGAUGCCAUGCUGCACGAAGACCGGACCAAGCCCGGGGAGCGUCCCUUCACUUACACUGGCACUGAGUGCUUUGGCCCAUUCACAGUAAGACAAGGACGAAAGAGUACCAAGAGAUAUGGCUGCAUAUUCACCUGUCUAGCUACUGUGCAGUGAACCUGGAGGUGUUGGAGUCUCUAGAUACAGAUGCACUCCUAAACGCUACUCUCCGCUUCAUCGCGAGAAAGGGUACGAAUCCGAAACGUAUCCGUUCAGACAAUGGCACCAACAUGGUCGGGACUUGCAAAGAACUCUGUGCGGCAGUGCGUAGUUGGAGGAAUGAUGAACGCAUAAACAGACACUUUCAGAAGAGAUAUAGAAUGGGUAUUCAACCCUCCAGCGGCUUCACACAUGGGAGGAGUCUGGGAACGGCAAAUCCGAACAGUCAGAAAGGUUCUCAGAGCAAUUGUGGGAACCCAACUCCCGGAUGAAUAUCGACUGCAGACGCUAUUUUGUGAAGUGGAAGCAAUCAUAAAUAAUCGACCAAUCACCCCUGCCUCAAGCAACGUGAGGGACCUGGAAGCGCUUACACCAGCCCACAUCUUCCAUGGUGCCCCACACGCUGAUCUGUCACUAGGAGGAUGUCUUCUGAAGGACUCAUAUCAACGACAGUGGCGGCACGUGCAGUUCCUAGCAGACCGCUUGUGGAAACGCUGGGUGAGGGAGUACCUUCCACUACUCCACAAAAGACAGAAGUACAUAGAACUAACCAGAAAUCUACAGGAAGGCGACCUCGUCCUCGUCACUGGGGAAAAUCUUCCUGCAACAAAUGGCCAUUGGGCAGGGUCACGGCAGUGGUCCCAGGAGCUGAUGGUCUGGUGAGCCAGGUACGUGUGCAAAUAGUAUCUGGGGAGUUCCGAAGGCCAGUGACCCGUGUAUGCCUUCUUGAACACGCCACACCGUAAAUCUUGGGCGAUUGCACAACGCCGGGAGUGUUAUCGCCGCUGGCUUUAUCGUUGGUGUCAACAACCAUGUGCCUCCCCCACCCCACACGCGGCCUCUUACCACACCAGAGGUAGCGACUGGGGGGGGGGCGGUGUUUACCACUGGAGUGUCAUAACCACUGGCAUGAGCGCUGAGAGGGCGUCAUGGAUCUCAUGACACAGAUAGCCCUCUCGAGUGAUCCCCCCCCCUCCCCCCACCACGCGACCUGUUGCCUCGAAAGAUGUGGCAGCUGACGGUGGGGGGGGGGCGGUGUUUACCGCCGGGCGUGUCAUCGCCACUGGCGUAAGUGCUAGCAUCGCCGGGAGUGUUUUCACCACUGGCGUCAGUGCUGACGUUUUUGCUGCCUUACCCGAACAAAGAUAAGCGGUGUUUACGGCGGCGUGGCCACCUGGACUCUGUACCACCGGGACUGUCAUCACUACUGGCGUAAGUGCUGUCAUCGCCGGGAGUGUUUCAUCGCUGGCGUCAACACUAGUGUCAGUGCUGACGUUUUUGCUGCCUUAUCCGACAAAGAUUAAGGGGUGGGCGGUGUUUACGGAGAAGAGAUCAUGACUCUGCUAAUGUAUGAUUUAAAAGGCGGUGUGGCCACCUGGACUCCAGGAGACUGCCCCCUCAAGUGAGGCUGUGAGGAUCAACACUGUUAGCAGUGGAUACAACAACUCCCAUUCCUGGCCGAGUUUUGUACUGAAACAAUUUACACAGAACUAUCUUCCCUUGAAACACCAUACUGGUUCGCAUUGACCCGCACUUGAUAACAUCGUGUACACGGAUUGGCAGCGAGAAAACUACUUCAGAGCGGUGGUGGAGGAGUUGGGUGAGGUGCGGGGACCUCUGGGGGUGGAGUAUGACCACCUCACCCUUCAUGCCUCACGCACCCUCCAACACCACCUCCCUCACAGCAACAAACUGGUCGACGUCUCCAAUGGCACCAUGAAGAUGCGUAUGAUCAAGAGUCACGAGGAGAUAGCUGUUAUUAAGAACUGCGCAGCUACU